CUCUCUAUAAGUACACUCAUUUUCACUUCCCUCGCAAGCCAAAACAACCCAAAAAAAAAAAACAAAAAAAAAAAAGCAAAAAAAAAAAAAUUGGUUCUUUCUCUACGUUUCGUUCCUGAGUUUUUCAAUAUUGUUCGAGACAAGAAAGCUAAUUGAAAUCAUGGGUUUUCUUCACAAGCUCUGGGACGAAACGCUGGCCGGCCCUGCUCCGGAGUCCGGCCUCGGAAAACUUCGCAAGUACGAUUCCUUCUCUGCCUCCUCCACCUCUCCGAUUUCGCCGCCUACCGUCACCCGGAGCAUCACCAUUGUUCGCACCAGCUCUGAUUCUCGAUGCCUCCUCCGAUCCCUCCUCUUCCCGGACUCCCCUUCCGGCCCCACCACUCCUCGCACGCCUUCUACCCCUGAGACUCCAGUUGGUGAUUUCAAGAAAUUCACGAGGAGAAAAUCGCCAGCUCAAGCAGAGCGACCUGAGUCUACAAGUCCGAACAUUUCCGAUUGGGUGAUCAUGAGUGCUUUGGAUCGUUGACAGAGGAAGGCAAGAGACUUUGACUAUAAAAUAUCUGGCCAAUGGAUGCGUUUUGUACACGGAAGAGAGAUUCCAAGGGAAACAUCGUUUUGUUUUCGUGUGUGUGUAUGUAUAACGAGUUGUAGAUUACUAGCUUCCUUCAAUAAGAUUGCUCCUCAGAUCAGGAAGGAAGGAGCCACAGCAAAUGCUUCGUGGGAUCCUGGAGAUGGAAAGUACUAUCUCGGACCUCAGUUUGACUGGUUCUUUUUCUUCUUCCAUCUUAUAUAUAUAUAGUAUGUAUGUAUGUAUAAAGGCAUAUAUAUUUAAGUUUCAUUUUCUGGGUUUUGAUUGUGUAUGUGGCUGUGGAUACUGAACUCUGUCAGUGGAACUCAAUGAAGCUUGAAAAUUUUGUGUAUUA